AUGCAGGCACGGUCCCUGACCGAAGGGUCGCACAGGUUCUUGCACAAGUGUGCGACUUCUGGCAACACAGACGCCUGCUACAUUCUCGGCAUGUUCUUGCGCGUAACACUCACACCGGUCAUCCUCUCCCUUGCCUUGCCACAGAUCAAGUUCUACUGCCUCGGGGAUCACCAGCACGGAGCCACGCUAUUGGCCAAGGCGGCUCUCGCGGCGCACCCGCACGCGCUGCACUCGCUCGCCGUCAUCCACUUCAACGGCAGCGGCGGCACGCGCCACGACCGCGACCUCGUGGCGGGGGUUCUGCUCUGCGCGCGCGCCGCGGCCGCGGGACACGUGGAGGCGCUUCGGGAACUGGGGCACUGCCUACAGGACGGGUACGGCGUGCAGCGGGACGUUCCCGAGGGCCGCCGGAUGCUGCAGGAGGCGAACGUUCGCGAGGCGGCGCGCGCGCUUGCCUGCUCCGUGGCGGUGCCUCGGUGUGUUGCUCCGCUAGUAUUAGCCCCGCGGGGCGCUGCGUCGCAAUGCGGGACGAGCGGGACGUCUAAUUGCAGUGACGUGCAAGCUUCUCCCGCCGCUCUUCCAGUGGCUUCAGCUGGCACUGGCUCUUUCGGUUCAAAUGAAAACUGUGCACUGGGUGCGCAAGAGGGUAGCACGAAGGGCGAGGUGCACGCGUCAAGACCUCGUGUGCUGAUGCGUGCUGCUGCGAUUCCAAGCACGUUUGCACGCGAGCACGCGUGUAGCACGGGUUCCUGGAGCCAAGGUUGGACCAAUGACGCACCUGGCGUGUCUGGCGCAUCGCUCCAAGGGGAGGUUGUACCCCACCGUGCCUCCUCGGGUUCGAGAGUCGACUUGAGCGUGCUGCAGAACCUUCAAAGCGGCGAGAACGUGGCGAGAGGAAGCGAAACGCACGCAGAACCACCAGUUAGAUCCGAGGGUGAUGGGCAGUUUCCUCUGCAGCAGUCUGGGUUGCAGCAGCCGCAGAACCACCAGUUAGAUCGCCAGUCCCAGCACGCGCAUCAUUCUAGAAUCCAGCACUCAGAAGCACAAGUACUUGGACGCGGUACCCAAGCCCCUGUUGGUGCAGAUGCAAGUGAAACUUUGCCCCACGCAGAGAGGCCUCCCGUGGCCAUGUGCACGGGGUCUAGCGGUCCCCACCGCUGCUGCUGCCUGCCACAUGUCACCCUGCCGCCCUCCUGGUGGCAUGUUGCUGUGCAUAAGUUCCUGGUGGACUGGCAUGCGCUCGUGCCGCUCCCUGAGGGAUUCAGAGUGUGCUGCAAUGAGCUGUGCGGGCGAUCGGAGACAAGGAAGCAGGAGUUCCGGUGCUGCUCUGCGUGCGGGGAGGCUAAGUAUUGCAGCCGCGUGUGCCAGGCGGUUGACUGGAAGGCCCGGCAUAAGGUGGUGUGCCCGCUUAUUGCUGCUAGGGUGCAGCAGGAGCAGGAAGUAGCGGCACGUGUGGAUUUGCUGAGACAGCAGGCACAGGGCCAGCAGGAAGAGGAUCGGCAUCGGUCUCUGCAGCAUCUUUACCAGGUGCAAUCGGAUCAGCAGCAGCGACAGGAUUUCCAUCAGCAGCAGCAGCAGCAGCAGCAGCACCAGGUGUUGCAGCAAGUGGAUAAUGGUCAGGGUGACCAGCAGGGAGUACAUUAG